AUGGUCGAGUUUGCCCGAUGGGUGGAUGCCUUCUGUCCUCCAAACAAUCAGCUCCAUUACGCCACGAACUAUUCAGAUGCUUCGCACCUACGCCCUUACAUGUGCGCCUGGCGCGCAGACACAGGGUGCUCUGGGUUCUUCGAGCCAGACUUGGCUUUGAUGCUCAUGGAGUUAAUUCUCUCCGAAGGGUUCUUGUCUGAUCCCGACCUUCCUGGCUGUGAGAAAGUCGCAGCAACACAGAUUCCUCAAGAGUAUCUCGAUGCUGAGUAUGUGGCAUUGCCGAAGGGCGAAGCCUAUGUGAAUCGCUGGAUGGCGGAGCAUUGCUGCCUUGUUCAAGUGGACGAGACCUUGCAGGGAGCAGUGGCAGGCUUUCUGACUUUCAAGGAGCAAUUCCGUGGCCGGCCAGGAGGGGAGCUGUUACUGUUGCGCUGCCGAGUCUGUAGGUAUGCUGUGGUGUCCUUUGACGCAACGAUUUGGCCCGCGAACGCAUCACAAGUGUCGAACGCGACGAGUGUGCUGUCACAGUUGUUGGCGAUGUCGUCAACGCACAUGGGAUGGGUGUUGUACCCUAUUCUGCAGAGCCAAACGACGCAACAAGCGAUGGUGAAGCGCAGACACCUUUUGGAUUUGGCACUGUUGAAGGGCCAGGUGUCUCUGGGAAACAGUGUGCAAGUUCUGUACACAAAACCUACGAGUACAGCCAAAGACUCGCGGUCGUUGGCCCAACCUGCUCUUGCAACAUUUCACCAGACUUACAAUGAUCCUGCGUGGGCAUCGUCAGAGGCCGUCAAACAGGGCAAGGUGGGCCCCUGCCCAUUGUUGAAGAUCGCGGACUUCCAAGGGUAUGAUGACACUUCCAAGCCUGGGGCUUCAGCGAGGGCAGAGCAGAAGGGUAUCGAGUGCGCCGAUGCUAUGAUUGACGGUCUUUUGGACGGGAUGCAGCUGACCGACAGCGACCGUGUGUUCUGGAUAGACUUGGUGCCCAACGAGUUUGCCGAGUUUAGCAGAGCGUGCGCAGAGAGAAAUUGGAAGAAUGCCCGCAAAGUGCUGUAUGUGGGCUUCUUGAACGCGAAGCAGGUCGCGCGAGCUACGCGAAGUUUGCGGGACUAUGUCUACAAGGGUUGGGAUGAAUCCUCGGCUGCUCCGGCAAAGACACGCCCACCGGAUGAGCAGGAGAGCAAGCCGCCCCCGGAGCUACAAAUUCUUGCCUUUGAAGGAGGGCGCGCAGUUUGGCCACGGCCUUUGCUGAGUCGCUUUGAUCCGGGGACGGAAGAACACUCAAUGAUGGCGGCCAAGAAGGCCGAAUUCGAUGCUGCUUUUCCGCAGUCGGCUGCAGAGACCAGGAACCCGGCUCCUGGCAGAACUUCAGGACAGCCGCAGCGUGCAGGAGGCCUGUGCGACUUUUCGAUAGACGGUGGCUUGGAGCCCUUGGACGUCCAACGCGAGAUUUCCUUAGCGGCCGUGACUGAUGCUGACUUCGAAGCUGAGCGGAACGGAAGGCUGGGCAUGUCAGAGAGCAAAGCUGGGAAACCAGCAGUGCUGAUUGCCUCGAACCUCAACAUCUGGUUGGGGAAUGGGGCGGAUGAGGACAUGACUUUCAAGUGUCAAGAGCUGUUCGGAUUUGGUGUUGGUGCGUUUGAGGAGAAAGUUGCGAGCGAUCCCAAUGCAGAGAGCAAUGUCCUGCCCUUCUGUUUGCGCACGGAUCUGGAUUUGGUGGCCUACAACAUGGAAGUGUACCCGCUAUGCUCGUACCUUCGAUUCCUUGCCAUUGAGAAGGGAUUUGGUGAAGUGCAGGCAACCGGUGAAGAUCCUGUGCCUGUGACGUUCCGCUAUGAGAUCCAUCCGAAGGAGUCGAAGGUGACGCAUGUUUUCCGGCCACGGUCGGAACAGUCGACGCAAGGCACCACCAUCUUUCGACCGCAAUCUCUUGGCCAG